AUGGAAAAACGGACAACUGAGUCCCCUAUGGACUUUGAAUGGCAAUCCAGCGCCCCUGGGGACUGCACAUCACCGUUUUACCAGCUUGCGAAGGAAGGAAAGAAACGGCCAUUUGGCGUAUUCGAUUCUCCGUCAAAACCAUUAAACUCGCCCUCGAAACAAUCUUUCUUUUCCCAGCCGCGCUCCACAUUUCAGGGCUUCUCCCAUGACCCGGCAUUUGCAACUCCACGCAAGUUGGACUUUGAUUUCUCGUCGGGCGUAGAAAACUCGCCUGAUGCAAACGCCGACAGCGAGGAUACACCUGAUAAGCCGUCAAAUAAUACUGGGCGACGGAAUAGCUUGUUUAAUUUCUACGGCAGGUUUGCGCCCAGCCCUGGCCGAGGUGAAAUUCCUCGCUCAAAUAAAUUGUCAAAUGUGGUCAUCAACAGGGUACACAAGCAAAGAAAAAAAGAGAGGGAAAUGAGGAGGCAUUUUCAUAAAACUAGUGAGACAAGUUUAAGAUCCGCAAGCCAGGAGCGGUAUGCGAAAAGCGAAAGCGUACCCAACGUUCCUCAGAAAUCGCAAGAUAUACCGUUUUUUUCCCGGUUUUUUACCUUCCUAGAAGCUCACCCUCAUAUUCCUCGAAUUCUGUCUUAUUAUGCUCAAUUUACUUUUAAUCUCAUCCUUGCCUUCUUGACCCUCUAUGUUAUUAUAACGUUUUUACUUGCAAUCCAACACGACGUAACUCGUGCGAGUGAGGAAGUGUCGGCGGAUAUAUUGGCUGAGAUGGCAACGUGUGCAAAGAACUAUGUCGAAAAUCGAUGCAGUGGAACAGACGGGAAGAGGUUACCGGCCUUAGAAACCGUUUGUGACAACUGGGAACGUUGUAUGAAUCGGGAUCCCGCAAAGGUUGGAAGAGCAAAGGUCUCUGCGCAGACCCUCGCGGAAAUUUUCAAUGGUUUCAUUGAACCCAUAAGCUUUAAAACCAUGAUCUUCUUCCUUGCUUCCGUUACUUCAUGCGUUGCUGUCUCGAAUUUAACAUUUUCCUUCUUUCGCAAUAAAUCCAAUAACCCCCCCGAGCCCGUCCCUCACUACAGACCAUUCACACCUCCCGGACAACACUCUCGCUCCUCGCAGGUUGUUUUUGCCACGGGCCCAGGCUUUGGAAUGAGUACUCCAUGUCCUCGUUUCCCCGACCAUAACUCGAAUUCAAGCCAAGCCUUUUAUAAUCUUCGUGCGAGAGAUGAUAUGAGUAAUGGCCAAGACCACAGAUCGCUGCUCAAGAUGGGAGACGUUAAAAACCCCAUUCCGUUAAAACGAUAUAAAUUUUCUGGGGAGAUGGGUUCAUAA